UUUCAUACUCUGAAAGCUGUGAUUGUACAGACUUGGAUUGUUGUGUCUCCACAGGACUGACUUCCAUGAUGUUGAGAGGAGUCGCUCACAGUGCAAAAGACACAUUCACUCUUCUGUUGACAAGAUCUCAGAGCUGUAACCUGGGAUUGAAGUUUUCAUCAGUAUGGCCUGACAUAACAAACAGACACUUCCUAAUACAUUCCAGUUACACAACUGAUACGAAGUCAAGAGAGGAAAAUAAAAAAACCCUAGAGAAUCUCUACAGUUUGUCAGUUGACAUCACAAAGAUACGCAGACUGAAAGAAUGGGUCCUUCUCCAGGAUGUGGCCUAUGUUAAAGAAAUUGCUGGUAUCUUACAGGAAAUGGGAGCAGAUGAGACCACUGUAGCCAACAUUAUAGAACGCUGCCCCGAGGCAAUUCUCCACACCCCAGCAGAGAUAAACUCUCAAAGAGCUUUAUGGCAAUUAGUAUGCCAGAAUGAAAAACAGCUGAUUAAAUUAAUAGAGCAAUUCCCAGAAUCUUUUUUUACUACUAAGUAUCAGCAGAACCAGAAGGCAAACAUACUGUUUUUUCAAGAGCUGGGACUUAAGAAUAAUAUAAUCACCAGGUUCUUAACAAGUGCACCCAAUAUUUUCUAUAACCCUGUUGAGAAAAACAAAAACGUGAUAGAGACAUUACAAAGAAAUUAUUUAAACUUAGGGGGUUCUGAAGCAAAUAUGAAGAUCUGGAUACUAAAGUUAUUGAGCCAAAAUCCAUUUAUUUUAUUAAAUACUUCCACCGCAAUCCAGGAGAACUUGGAAUUUCUCCAGAAGAAUGAUUUCACUGACCAGGAAGUUCUACAGCUGCUGUCCAAACUUAAAGGCUUCAUUUUUCAACUUAAUUCUACCACUAUGCAGCAGAGUAUGCUUUUCUCCAAAAACAUCUUCAAGUGCAGUGAUCAAGAACUGAAACAACUAGUGCUGAAAUGCCCUGCCCUUCUCUACUAUUCUGUUCCAGUUUUGGAAGAAAGACUUGAAGGACUACUGAAGGAAGGAAUUUCUAUAGCACAGAUUAGAGAGACACCAAUGGUGCUGGAGUUGACAACACAAAUUGUUCAGUACCGAAUUAAGAAGCUCUCUGCAUUAGGAUACGAUAUAAAGAGUGGAAAUCUAGAAAGCUUGAAUGGUACUAAAAAAGAUUUUGAAGUCACUUAUGGUAAGAUACAAUCAAAGAAAGAGAGACCAAUUUUUAAUCCUGUUGCUCCUCUACACAUUGAAGAUUAAUUUGAAUGCUGUACUUCCAAGUUAUGCAAGAGCAAAUUAAAAGGGAAGCUGGUUCUUUGAGAAGAGAUGGAACAAAAGCAAUCUUAACCAGACUGUACUUUGUCCAGGAGGGGGGUCUUAGGCACAACUUCAUUAUAUAAUUGUAGUAUUCUACUGCUUUCAAAUAUGGUAGAAGUUAUAGUUACGAUAAAGGUUGCAUUUUUCUGAAAGUACCUCAGAUGUGACAUCUUCUUACCUGACAGGGCAUUAACUGCCUUAGAUUUUCAGCUCUGUCGCUGCACAGUCCAGCCUGUGGUAGCGAUCAGCACAAUUUUUAUCUGAGGAAGGCAAAAGGAUUAUUUUUCCAGCAGUGUUCAUCAAUUGGCUGGUUCACUGUCUUCAGGAAACACUCUUGGAGUUCUUUUCCUUAUUGCUGAAGUGGCUGUAGCUCCUGGACCCUGACCUGCAACAGACUUGAUUUCUUGGACAGCAAAGCCCAGUUCUGAGAACAGGGGCUGGACACAUUUUUUUAUUCAUUGACUGCUAUGGUGAGACCCUAGUAUAGUGUACAAGCCAUUACUGAAAGAAACUACAAGAUGAUAACCUUUUUAUUUCUGAGACUUCAAAAUUUACUUUUUUUUUUCAAAUGGUUUGAGAGAGGAGGAAAUACAUUUAUUGCUAUUGUAUAGUGCUUUAUCCCCUCUAGCAAGGUUUGGGGACAAGAAAGAUUAGGCAGAGACUCAAAAAGAGAAAAGUUACACUUUUCUAUUAGGUGCAACAAAACUCUAAACCACUGGUGAUUAAACACGACUACCAGAUUUGCUAACAGCUGCAACAGUUUCUAAAUAUACGGGUAGCACUGCUUCUCAGAUAACACCAUAUGACAACUGGCGACAAGUGCUGGCUUUCAAAAUAGUAACUAUCACACAGCGUUUAGGUUCUCAUGGGAUUUGAUUUCUUCUCAUUUAUGGGCUGUGAAUGAUAAUAUAAAACAGUAGCAUCACUGACAAUCAUCUCAAUAGAAUUAGGAUCAGUGAUUUUAUUUCUCAGACUUUCCUAAGUAGCUAUUCCACACACAUUCCCUCUUGACAGCAGAAUAAAAGCCAGCUACACAGCACCCUCAAUCCACGCAUUCUUCAAGGUCAUUUUAAACACACAUUUUGGCAGGCAAGUCAGGCCUCCAUUUCUUAAAAUGUGGUUUGUAAUUGCUGAAGAAAGCUGUUGCUGAAUUACUGGUCCAGAGGGUGGACCAAAUGCUGCAAGAUGAUGAUUUUAUAUAGUCUGCCACAUUAUCCGCUGUGCACUGGGGAAGGGCUGGGAACACCUGGUAGGAGCAGUGCCAAGAUCUCAACAGCUGAAGGGCUUACACUGAGCACUCCGCAGGCCAGUGCAGACGUGCCAGGCGUUUCUGGGGGCAAAUGCCACUCUGGCAGAAGCACGUGCAACAGUGGCAGGAAUUCAAGAAGGGGACACCAGGCUGUGUCUAUGCUGACUCUUUCAAAACACAUUAUCAUUUUUUAAGAGGAAACUACGAAGACAGCCAUACAAAAAAUUCACAGGAACUUGCCUUUGUCACUUUCUGACUGUCUUUCACUGCUCAGCUAUUAAGCAGACCACAAUAUGAUGUGAAUUCAAAAGCUGCCUUCUGUAACUGAGCCAGAGACCUGAUUGGUGGCUUAGGAGGAAAAGGAAACUUAGAAAUUGAACAGUGUUUUCCCUGAAUAUUUAGUUCUAGCAUUUCUACAGAUACCUGUUGUUACAAAAGUCUUGCAACAGCUUAUUCUCAUCACUUAAAUUAUUUCCAGUGGCAACAAAACAAGGAUGCACUUCCUUAACUAAGUCACAGCCUGAGUUAUCACAAACUCAUUUUGCAUUCUGAAUGUUUCAAUUUCCCCUUUCAAAACAAAAAUCAUGAGCAGAAAUGCUCUUCUCUACUACCAGAUGAAAAAUCAGUCAAUCCUUCAUUCAUAACUCUAUCCUGGGACCUGUUUCUCUCUUCUUCACAGGAUUCAUUUGCAAUGUAACCUCAGGAAAGCUCCCAGUCACUCAAACACUGUAUUACUAAAAUCCUCAUCUUUUGUUACUCACCAUGACUGUGGACCAGCCUGUGAGUAAGCCCUUCACUAGCUAGAGAGCAGUCAGGCAUGUAAGCUGCCUUCAUAAACACUUCCCCUUUUCAAACAGGGACUGGAAAAAAGGAAAGUGAAAUAAAGCCACCACAAAAACAAACCCAAGACAGAAGAACAACCCCAUUCCCAUGGAAAAUGUCCGUUCUGCAUUCCGUACAGCUCACUAUGAUCUUAAAACUGGGUAUUCCCAAGGAUCAUUGACCAGGGGAAAAGAAAAUUAGUGCAAAGGAUGUUGUGCUGUGGCUGUGCUUAGCUUACACACUGAAGUUACAGCUUUUGUCAAGAGCUGGUUGGUGCUAAGUAGAUAUAAAUAAAAGACGCUCUGGAGCAUGGAACUGUGGAAGAUUUAUACCUAAGUAUGCCUUUCUCCACAAAACUAAGGAAGCUUUCAAAUGUCUGAAACAGCAACAAUUUAAUGUUUCACAGGUGGCAGGUCAGAAUUGGAACAAGUUUUUAAGAUGAAGCAAGUUUCGUAAGCGAAUGGAAAACACACAGGAUAUAGGACAAAGCUCUUUGAAAACUAAAACCAUAUGCCAUGUAAAAGUGUUUCAGUUACAAGACCCAAAAUAAUAGCUACAGGAUAUGUUAAGAACAAAAUAUAAUGAAGUGUUGACAACUCUUGACAUACCUAACACUGCUUAUCUCAGACCACGCUUGUUUUGCUGCAAGUUUCGUAUUUUAAAAUUAAAAAAAAAUAAUAAAAGAAUGGUUAUGACCA